CGUAUAUAGGGGUAUCGGUUCGAGCAUCUUCUCAUAGAUCAAGUUCGGGUUCUAUGGGACCUUGCGAUUGAGAAAUAUAUAUAACCAUGGCAUCGUCUACCGCGAGCUCCAAAACAAUCACGGUUCCGUGCUCCAAUUCAAGUUCAAGUUCAGGUCCCACCACUAGUAAAACCACAAUGAGCCAGAUCCUGAUCUCUCUGGAACCCCCCCGAAGAUCCAGCCUGACCGACUCUCAUUCAAGGACCAGCACCAACGCAUCUAGCACUCCCAGCUCCUCAGCCACAACUUCGAGCCCCGCGCCCAUAUCCACAACUGCCCCCUCAGUUCUGUCGUCGGCGUCGAUUGCCCCGUCCGGGAUUGCGUCUGCUUCUUCGCUGCUGCACACCACGAUCACGAGCACGGCGGUGAGCGGCAGCGCUUCGAGUGCUGGCGCUGCAACGGCGAGUCCGAGUAGCAGUCAGGCGGGCAGGGUCUCGUUGGAUGGAGUGGCGGGGUUGUGGGUGCUGAUGUGGAUUGGUUUCUUUACGUUCUGUCAAGGACGGCGAUGGAUGGGAUUCUGAUAUCUGAGUCUGAUUGAUGUUGACCAUCGGAAGUACAUAUCAGUCACGGUCUUCUGAUCCACAGCUCUACAUGAACAAUCGUGUAUCUCAGGCCUUACUUGAACUCUUCACCUCGUCCCAUGUGACUCCGGAUGCAAGAUUCAUA